GAAAUAAAUCAGACAUUUCCAGUAGCGUUGGCGGCUUUUGGUCUGUUAUCUCAGUAAAUCUCAGUAAAGCCUCGGCUCCGAGAAUACCAGAUCUGUGAGGUGACGAGCAGGAACUGGAAUGUCACUCGGCAGGCCGGGCAGCACAGCCACGUCUCCACGCUGAGAUGCCAAACUGGGGAGGAGGCACCAAGUGUGCGGCCUGUGAGAAGACGGUGUACCACGCGGAGGAGAUCCAGUGCAACGGGAGGAGCUUCCACAAGACCUGCUUCCUCUGCAUGGGCUGCAGAAAAGGUCUGGACAGCACCACGGUGGCGGCGCACGAGUCUGAGAUCUACUGCAAGUCCUGCUACGGCAAGAACUACGGGCCCAAAGGCUACGGCUUCGGGCAAGGAGCUGGGGCUCUGAACUCUGACCCCCCUCGACGCGGAGUCCUGAAGGCUCAAGACAGUCCUAAACCACGACCGGGUUCCUCAAACUCGAAUGAAAACACGUCUUCCCCGAAGUUCGGCUGUUCGGACCGCUGCCCUCGCUGCUCCAAGGCCGUCUACGCAGCGGAGAAGCUGAUGGGAGCCGGGAAGCCCUGGCAUAGAACCUGUUUCCGCUGCGCCCUGUGUGGAAAAAGCCUGGAGUCGACCACAGUGACAGACAAGGAGGGAGAGCUGUACUGUAAAGUUUGCUACGCCAAACACUUCGGGCCAAAGGGAUUUGGGCUGGGCAACGCCGCCAUGUUGGAGUAAUGACAGGAAGCUCGCGCUCGCUGUGUUCACGCGGCAGCUUCUCCCCGCUCAGUCACCAUGGAGACGCUCGUCACGCACAACGUUAUACGAUCACAAUCACGGGCCGAUA